AUGUCCGCCUUGGGCUCCGCGACGCGGCAGGUGAACGUAUACGGCCGCAAGGGGAAUACGCGCGUGGUCCCGGCGCGAGUAGAGGAGGAGGAGGAGGCGCCGCCCCCGGCGCCCAAACCUGCCAAAGGGCUCUUUGCGGGACUCGAUCUGCGCAGCUGGAUUGAGAGCCCCCGCAAAGUGUUGGCCCAGUUUACGCCCAAGCGAGCGAGCGCUGCGCCGCCGUCCGGCGAGCAAGAUACCCCUGAGGCGCCCGAGUCGCCCUUGUUUAGAAAAAAGGAGGCGCCCGCUUCGCCGUCCAGGGCGAGUGGGAGCACACACGCGCUGGAAAGCACGCCGGCGCCGGCGAUCCGUGCCGUGGCGGAAGCGGCGCCGGCCGACGACGCGCUCGAUGCACAGACCGAGGCGCUGGCGAACCUCUCGCUGGGAGACAACGCGGUGCAGCGCAUCCUGCGCGCGACGCAGCAGGACGAGGCCGACGUAUUUACCGAGUUCCUCGACGAGGUCCUCGCCAGCGGCACGCUCGUCAAGAUCGGCGAGGCGAGCUACUCGGAAGUGUACCGCGUCACGCGCCCGGGCAUCCAGUCCGCCAAGGGACGCGCGCCGGUGUCUGUCAUGAAAGUCAUCCCCCUGGAGGGCGAUACGCUCGUGCGGGGUCCGGCGCAGUCGCCCCUCGACAGUGUCGAGCGCGAGAUCCGCGUCACGCGCGCGCUCUCGCCCUCGUCCGAGAACGGAAUGCAGUUUGUACGCCUGCAGGAAGCGCGGAUCGUGCAGGGCGCCUACCCCAGCGCCCUGCUCCAGGCAUGGGACGACUUCAAGGCGCACGACCCCCGCAGCGAGAAUGCGCGCCCGGAUAUCCUGCCGGACACGCAGCUAUAUGCGAUCCUGUGCAUGGACGAUGCGGGAACCGAGCUCGAACACACGCCGCUGUCGUCGUGGGCACAGAGGGCCGCCGUCUUUUGGCAGACGGCCUACGCGAUCGCCGCGGCCGAGCAGUCUGCCGAGUUUGAGCACCGCGACCUGCACCUCGGCAAUAUCCUCGUGACGCAGGUGCCGGCGCGGCGCGCGACGCGCUCCGUUUCGGGACAGAGAGCGCUAGGCGAUCUGCCCGAGCGCCUGUGGCAGACGUACGAGCCGCGCGCCGCGCAGAUCCGCGCGACGAUCAUCGACUACUCCUUGUCGCGCAUGGUCGUCGACGGCAGAGUGCUUGCGUACGACUUUUCGGACGAGGAGCUGUUUGAGGGCCAGGGCGACUCGCAGUACGAUGUCUACCGCACGAUGCGCGCACUGGUCGCAAGCGACUGGCAGGCCUUCCAGCCGAGCACAAACCUCUUGUGGCUCCACUUUCUGGCGCAGCGCCUGCUCGCCGCCGAGGCGCCGCCGACCGAAAAGGCGGAGGAGGCAGCGUACACGAGCCUGCUCCUCGCCGAACAGCUCGCAGAGGACGCGGUCGAGCACCUGCGCCGGAUCGCGCCGCAGCGCAGCGUCUCGACGCGGUCCAAGCGCCGCUCGAUCCAGCGGGGGCCGGAUGCGUGGAAGGUGCGUCCGAACGCGGCGACACGCACCGUUGCGUCGGCCGCCGACUUGUCAGGACCGGACGAGCGGCCCGGCGUGGCGUGGCCACGGCUGGAUAAUGUGCCGCUACCCCCCGCACCACUACCAUACGAUGAAUUCCUGGUGCCUUCCGACGAGCCGCCGGUGCUGGACAACGAGCUGCUCGCGCAGCUGACCAGUGUACUGCAAACCCAUGCGAGCGGCAGCCCCUUGCGAUCGCGCGCCGCGACGCCCCACGCCCGGUCCGAGGACCGCAAGACCCAGGGCGAGGAGCAAGAUACCGGGCGCCAGCUCUUUAGCGAGAACGAGUCAUCGUUCCUCUCGCAGUUCUUGCAGAGCCUGGACCGGGACCUGGCGCCGCUGCCGCUGCCGAGCACAUCCACGCAACCCCCCGAGGCGCCCGGGGAGACGAGCAACGAGGCCCCUCCGUCCCCGUCCGAGCACGCGCCCAAGCGGCGGCGGCACGUCGUCUCGGAGCAGCGGAGACGCAACCAGAUCCGCGAGGGAUUUACGCACCUCGCCGAGCUGCUGGAUACCGGGCGGCUGUACGGCGCGCGUGCGCUGGGCCUGAAUUCAGGCGCAGGCACCGGCGUCGAGGACGAGGACCUCGACGACCGCACCGAUGCCGAGGAGGACCUCUCGCUGGGGUGCGACGAGGAAGAGGUCCAGCGGCGGCGAAAAAACGCGCAGCGUCGCGCACGGUCUCGCGCCAAUGCGGGCAAGCAAGCCCGCGGCCGCGGCCGCGGCCGUGGUGGAAGUGCGGGUUGCGCGGGCAGCAAGAGCGCUGUCCUCUUCCAGGUCGUCGACUUGCUCUACUGGCUCGAGCAGCGCAACGCGGCGCUCCGCCAGGAUAUCAGUGUGCUGUCCACGGCAGUCUAG